AUGUAUUUAAGAAAUAUACGCCGCCAGCUGUACUCUGCCAAAGUCGGAAUCAUUGAUAAGUUGGCACAAUGUCUCGAUAGCAAGAACAAGGAUCAAGCAAGUAUCAAGCAACAUGGCGUCAAGUAUCACGGGUUUACGGUGCUCCCACGGUGCUUUUUACUCCUUAUAUAUGUUGUCCUCUUCACUUUUUGGCCUCAAAUACCGCUACUUCCAACUCAACGUACCGAUAGCAACAUUUUACACGUUGCCAGAGAUGUUAGCCAGCCAAAAGUGUACGAUUUGCAACUUUCAAGGAGGUCGAUUAACUCUUGCAAGACGUCGCCAUCGCUAACAAACAGGGAACUCGCUGUUGCUAGCUGCCGCUUAGCACGUUUAGCGUCGUUCGCACUUCUACUUAUUUCUCUUGCCGGCGACGUCUCACUAAAUCCUGGCUCUGUUACACCACCAAGUCUUUCUGUGAGAGAUUUUACGCAGUGUCGAGGACUAAAGAUCGCACAUUUAAAUAUAAGAAGUGCGUAUCCCAAACUGGACUCGCUAAAACUUUGGUUACUAAACCAGCCUCUUGAUGUGUUUACUUUAUCGGAGACAUGGCUUAAACUAUCAAUCACUGAUAGCGAAAUCCAGAUUCCUGGCUAUUCUUGUGUGAGAUCUGACCGACUUCAUAAAGCAGGAGGAGGAACUAUGGCCUAUGUUCGAGAUGGUAUUCCUUACCGACUUAGAACAGACAUUGGUGCUUCGUUACCUGAAUCCUGUGUCAUUGAAAUUUCUCGAUCUAAAUGCAAGAAAUUGAUUAUCUGGACAAUCUAGAGAGCGCCUGACACAAACUUUGAAACUUUUAGUGAAGAUUUAAAUAGAUCUCUGUCUUCUUUGACCGAUAAGAGUGAGUGAACGUUAAUUUUAUCGACACUAAGAUGAAUAAUGAUAAGGCCAAGAAACGCAAACUUCUCAAGGUGACAAAUUCUCACCAUUUAGACCAACAAAUUAAUACACCAACAAGAAUAACGGAGAAGUCAU